ACCUGGUUGGAACACACUCCUCGCCUCCCCGUGUCGCAGCAGCACACACACACACACACACACACCUGCUGGCUCCCCUCGCCACACACAAGUCCUGCCUCGCCACCAAUUCGCUCGCGUCGCCUCGUUCACUCUCACACCAAAACACCCCCCAGUCCUUCCCGUUGCCUAAAUCUUUGCUCCUUGUUCGUAUUCCUCUAUCCCUUGUGUCCUUAUCCCAGCUCUCUCGCACCUUGCAUAUCGUGCCAGCCGGCUUGGACCCUGCACUAGUCAGGCCGCAGCACAGCCGGCCGGACCAUGUCUCAGGUCACACUCGUGCACGUCAGCAAUUGCUCCUGCAGCUGCAGCCCUCAGCAGGGGUGACAGACGCCUUGCCACCGCCGCCUUGAGUGAAUGCCACCUUUGGGGCCGCUACACUAUUCAGUAUACAGUGUUCCUGUCGUCGCCGAACAUUUCGUGAGUUUACAGUUGUUCGCAGCCUCUGCCUCAGUAUACUCCAAGCCCGGGUGUACGGUGAUCUGAUCUUAGUGCGGUGGUGCGGCGAGUAUCAAUCCGGAACACUGGGUUUACGAACGAGGAUUUCCCGGGCUGAGUCCUGGUAUAGACAUUUGCUGUAAAACGGACUAUAAUAUUUUAUUAUAUGUUUCGUUUGUCAUAACACGUGAACCAAUACUUCUGCAAUUAACAAGAGUUAUAUAGACUGCAUCCUGGUUGUUAAAAUACAUUUAAUACAAGUUUAAUGAGUUAAUAAUUGAUAAAAGAGCUUGUUGAGGCGGUACAUGCAGGAGGAAGCGGAGACUGUUGGAGUUGUGUGGUAGUGCUGUGGUGAAGGAAACCGGGCGCCGCGGGUGUGGUCAGCCAGGCUGUCCUCACCUGGCCGCUCUUGGUCCUUCAGCACCUGACGAGUGCGGCCCGGCGUGGCCAACACUAGGAGAGAGGUGGGCGGUGGCAGGGGCGGCAGCCAUGGUGGGUGCACCAGCCCUGUGGCGCGGGUGUGGGCGUGGGCGUGGGGAAGGAUGAAACGCCGCGACUUCCAAGAAGUGACCCUUUCUCUCUCAGCUCCCGGCACCCUGGUGGUGGACGACUCUCGGGAACCCAGUCACAGCUCGGCCCCGCCAUCCUUCAGCAUCAGAAGGCAGUCUUCACUAGACAACGACCAGCUACAAAGACGACCCGCAGUACAGCGGCAGCACAGGCUCGUCGGCAGCACACAAAGUUUGCACACCUCUACCAGAUCAUCGCGGUCGUCGACUUCGACACUGCGGGAGUCAGACACUGACACAGCUGACUACGAGUCGACACCCGUCACCAACCUCUCGGCAUCAACUCGACCGAAAGACCGUGCAGAUAUAUCCUCCGUCGCAAGAAACAAGGGCUCGCCAGUAGUCGCCACCAGGCCUUCCGAGGCCAGAAAAUCCAAGUCAACAGGUGCCAAAGUCGGUAAUUUUGUAAACAAAAGCAAGGUAUCUGUUUUAGGACGAAUAGUCUCGUCAGUGUCCAGAGAGAACAGUUCCAAAUUCCACCAGAGUGCCAGUCCCUCGCCCACAUCCGCUACCGUCCACCAACCCGUCCAGGGCGAAGCCCAACCACAAAUGGAGGUAGAGAGCCUGGAAAAACGGGUCGACGACUGGAUCGUGGGUCUGAAGGCCGCCCUCCAGCUGGACGCCCAAGACCAACAAGAAGACGCCCUCGAGGCCUACAACAGACUGAACCGUCAGAUCACUAAAGGAGCCAUAUAUGACUACGAGCAACUGACCUGCGACCAGAAGAAGCUACUCAGUCACGUGUUGACCUGUCUUGACCAGAGAACGCAGUACUUGAAGAUAAAUUUGAAGGGGUCCCGUGGCCAGAUCAACACACCAGGAUAUGCCUCAGCCGCACCAACCUCCAGGGAGUUGACUUCAGUGUCGCCUGAAGGGGUGGCACUGAAGGAGCUGAACAAGUGCGUAGAGGUGUUGCAGACCAUCAGCCGGAUGGUGUCCAAGGCCAGGGUACCGGUGGUGCUGGUGUACCGGGAACGGAAGCACCGCACUCACCACCGACACGAGGAGAAGGGUCAGAGCAAUAAGGUUGUCUUUGCUAAGGAAAAACGUGACUUUCUCAGCUUAUUGGGUCUUCCUGGUGCCAUGAUCUCCGAAAAGGGCAUCGACUUUACUGUCAGGCCAAACACAGCUUCAGUCAACAAGCGCCAGCGGGAAUCUUUGAAGAAUAACAAUGCAACAGAUGCAACUGAUGUAGGUGAAAUGGAACCCGACGAGAAGAACGGUGGAGCUGCUGUUCAGACUGAUCUGGAUGAUUCCGAGUCCCCUAAAACGACGCGGAAGAUUCUGCAACAAUACCUGCCGUUCAAGAAAAAGGGUUCAGUUAGUCCGCAGCCCGAUGACAGCACUACAGAGGAUGCAGAAUCAGACACGAAAGAAGAAGAAGAAGAAUUUGCAGACGUACGUUCCACGUUGAGCUGCGACAGCUGCAGCUCGGAUGAGAGCAACGAAACUGACGACGAAUCUGACAUCAAUACUGACACAACAGUGUCAGAGAUCUAUGCUCACCAGGAGUCCGUGAAGCCUCCGCCCUUCUGCGAAAUGGGCUUUACCUACGUCGUCCUGGCCAUGGAGAAGUUGGGCGUUAAAAAUACAGCCCGUCUCGUCUCUCCCUUUGUCAGAGUCUCCAUCAGGGACCCCCAGGGCGAACUGGUGGGGGCAGGGGCGAUGCAGGACACGGCAGUAUGGGAAGUGGUCAACAAGAACUACCUGAGAGCGCCGUCGCAGGUCCACCUUCAGAGGGCACUGGAGGAACUGCCUGACGAUAUGGCCAUCUUCCUGGAACUGCGUCAUCACCGGCCGGAGCGAGGAGUUGUCUCAACCCUCUGUUACACCUUCCUCGAGCGGCAGGACCUCUCCAAUGGCGAGUUCGUCUGUGAGCUGUACAACCCUCCUGUGGACUAUACAAGAAAGGCUCUCAACACCUACACUGAGAAGGCAUUCUUUCUUCACCUCGAGGUCAUGCUCAAGAUGGCAAAGUGUGAGGUUGAGUCUUUGGAGUCACCCCAGUCCCUGACCUCCAGCUGAGAGGCAGCAUGAUACACUCAAUAUAAAUAGCCAAGAGUCUUCAGGUGAAAGUCUGUGUAUUCAGAUUUAAUUUGUUAAUUGUCACUAGUUCUUAUUUCUUACAAAAUUCUUAUAAUUAAAUUUUUCAUUUGUGGAUAAGCCAGGUGAAUAAUGGCACUAAACAAUUGUAAUCUUCCUGAAGUAUUGUCAGUGGCUUCAUUUUUAUGAAAGUCACUUUGUUAAAAGUAUUUACAAACACCAUGAACAUGAUUUAUAUACUGUAAUUCUGUAAUCAGCAGCAAAAGAUAUUACACUGAUGAAGCAAUGUUUUUGAACAACAUUUAACAAUAUCAAAUCAAAAACUGAUGCCCUGAAUAUUUAA